GCUACAUUUCAGAAAAGAAAUAAUAUAUUAGUCGCCUGCAAAUCGUCAAACUUAAACCGAGUAAAAAAAAACUUUGAUGGACGGUGGCCGAGUUCUCUCAUUUCAGUAAUUAGUCGUCUCUAAAAUUGGUUUUCGUUCCCCGAGGAGGUUUCUUCCCUAGUAGACCAUAAGAUCGCUGAGAAUAUGUCGUGGCUGCGAACGGCCGUGAAUAAGGCUGUGGAGGUCGGAAACCGCAAAAACAUCACACGAACCGUCAAAAACUAUGCCGACUCCGUCGUCCAGCACGCUGGCCAAGCCGUCGCUGAAGGAGCCAAAUUGUUCCAAGACCGCAUUGGUGUUGGGGCUUAUAAGAGUGUUCAUCAGACAAUUCAGAGAUUGGAAGAAGCUGCAGUCUCAUAUAGAGGUCAAGAAAGGGCAUUGCUGAUUACUAGAUGGCUAAGUGUGCUUAAGGAGAUUGAUAGAGCUACUGACAGUUCUCUAAAGGAUAAACAAUUGAGUUCAGAGGAACAACUUGCUUCUGAUGAAGCAAAGAAACGUGAAUGGGUUUUGUAUUACGAUCCAGAUAUAGGCGGUGAGCCACUUAACUUCCGUGAUGUUUUUCUGCAAAGUCAAGCUCUGGAGGGGAUCGUUCUGUCCAUGAUUAUUGAACCACCACAUGACGAAGAAAUCACGCUACUCCUGGAGAUGUUUGGCCUUUGUUUGAAUGGAGGAAAGGAAGUUCAUGAUGCCAUAGUUAGCAGUAUGCAGGAUCUUGCUACAGUCUUUUCAAGUUACAAGGAUGAAGUUUUGGUUAAGCAGGACGAAUUGCUUCAGUUUGCCCAAAAUGCCAUCACAGGGUUGAAGAUUAAUGCUGAAAUGCUGAGAAUUGAUGCUGAAGCUUCUGAUUUGAGAAAGAAACUCGAAAAGAUGAAUGCCUCUCAAAUUCCACAGGAGAGUGAAGACAAGGAACAUAAAGAGACUCCUUUAACAAUAGAGGCUUUCAAAGAAACACUUGCAAAGAUUCGUCUUUGCUCCAGAUUAGAAGGUCUUCUAAUUAGAAAGAGACAACUAAGCAAUGGUGACUCACCAGAUAUACAUGCUCAGAAAGUCGACAAGCUCAGGGUGUUAUUAGAAUCUUUAGCAAAUUCAACUUCCAAAGCCGAGAAACGAAUAUCAGAGAACAGACUUCAGAAAGAGGAAGCACUAAAAGCUCGUGUGGUGAAAGCAAAUGAAACCGGUGAAAAGGAAAAGGAGUUGGGUGCCGAAAUUGCACAGCUUGAGAAACAAAGAGAUGAGCUGGAAGCCGAUCUGAAGAGGGUAAAUCUAUCGUUAGCUGCUGCUCAAGCUCGGUUUCGUAAUGCGACAGAGGAGAGGGAUCAAUUUGGUGAAGCCAACAAUCAGAUAAUCGCUCACCUGAAAACGAAGGAUGAUGACCUGUCCAAAUCAGUUGUAGCUUGUAAGAAAGAAGCAGAAGUUAUCAAGACGUGGAUUAAUUUUCUUGAGGAUACAUGGCUUCUUCAGUGCUCACAUAUCGAAACGAAGGAUAAGCAGACUUUGGACGAAUUGGAGAAGCAUGAAGAUUACUUCUCGGAUGUGGCCUUGAAUAUACUCUCUGUGUACAAGAAGGAGGUGGCACCUUUAAUAAGUCGUAUAGAAAAUUAUGUGGAAAAUCUGAAGAAUCUGGGUCCUGGGUCGGAGAAGCCACCAAAUGCAGAUCAGGGAGACAAUCAGGUAUCAAACCCGAGGAAAAUUCUGGAGGAGGAGUAUAUAGACUAUGAGACCAAGAUCAUUACCACAUUCAGCAUUGUGGACAACGUGAAAGAGCAAUUCCAGGUUCUCCAAAGCAAACUGGAUAAAAAGGACGACCGGCGUGUGAAAGAGCUGUUUGAUGACAUGGAGAAAAUGAGGCAGCAAUUUGAAUCCAUAGCGAGGCCAACGUUAGAGAUAGAGAUUCCAUCACCUAGAAGCAGUGUUACGUCCCCUAAAAGCAGUGCUACAUCACCCAAAUCUCCCAAGCCUAGCAGUAGUAGCAUGAAUGCUUCAACUGAAUCUACUCAGACCCAAAAGCCAGAGCUGAGCAAUUCUCCUCAGGCACCCAAUCCUGCAGCUGGUUCCAGUCAAGAGUUUAACCCUGAAGCCGAACUAGCCGAGCUGGAAUCUGAAUUUGGUAAGGUGGCUCGUGAUUACUCUGCAGAUGAGGUUGAUGGAUGGGAAUUCGAUGAACUGGAGAAAGAACUGCAGUAGUAUGAUCCAUCACACGCCUGCCUCACAUACACUGAUAUGUUUUUCAUUUACUUUCUUUGUUUGACCAUAACUCCGAAGUUCCUUUGUUAAUCUGUUUGGUAAUUUAUGGUAACUGCCUGUUGACUUUUGUAUGUCUACUUUUUUUUUUUUUUGCUCAUAAGUGUUGUCUCUUAUUUAAACCAAAGAUUGUAAAGAUUACAAAAGAGUGGAAACCUCCGCUUUCAGUCUCCAGACAAAAACAAAAUAAAGAUAAAAGUCCAACUAAAUUAAAGCCCAGUUGAAGCAAGAAACCCUUUUAGGAAGUAAUUGAUGUAGUCCACCGCCGAUUUGGUUAGUCAUUGCAGGGAACUCCAAAACCACCAGGAACCACCAAGACUUCAAGCUUGUCCGAUGGAGCAACACAAAAUUCAGAGAAUCCCAUCAAUCUUCUUCAUCUUCGAAUUCGCAAAGGAAAAUCUCCCCUGGGUAGUCAUAUCAUCAUCUUCAAACGACAUCAGCGUAGAACUUAAGCCAAUGAAACUUCCAUGAACACCUAAAAGUAAAAUAAAAACACUCGUUUCCAAAAACCAAUAUGACAAUUGACUCAAUUGCAUAAAACCCAACUCAAAGGCAUUAGAGAAAACCCCAAUCCACAACUCUAAUUUGUUCUUAUAUAAUUGAAAUCGAUAAGCUUGAAAAACAAAUUGAGCCCUUUAAACAAAGGAGGUUCAAGGAAUUGAGCCCUCUAAGAGUUAGAACACAAAGGAGCAAAAUCAAACUGGAUCUAUAGAAAACGAGAACAUAAAACAAAACCGAAAAAGAAAUCCGGCCAAAAGCUAGCCUAAACCGCCGGAGACGGACGACGGAGAAGCUAGACAAGAGCCAACCACCGUUGGUAGAGGAACCAACCGAUGGAGGACGGCGACACCGGACAAUUCUGCUAAAGGAGCCAGAAGAUUCCGGGAAAGUAACCGACCAACCACAUCACAAGAGGCAUAUGGAUGUCGGGCUGAAGCCUGUCAAGCGGACUGGACCGGCCCGCUAGACUCACACAUCACAGUGGGUUUAAUAAUGUUUUACUGUUAAUGAAUGGGCCUCUCAAGACAAUGUGCUAAUCCAUUCCUUGCUAGUUUUUGCUCAACUUUUAGCAUGUAGUGUUUAACGUUUUCCUUGUGUAUGCGUAUCUAAAUUGGAACUUAUGUGACCAUCAAGACAGUUUGGAAUUUCAUCAAAG